CACAGCGUGCGUGCCCGCCUGCUUUGCCUGUGCGCUUGUGUGUGUGUGUGUGCGUGUGUGUGUGUGUGUGCGUUACAUUAGGUGGACACGGAGACUGCAUCAGACUGGAGACACAUGCCGGGGACAUAAUAGAGCGGAGUUAUCGAGGCUUUGAUGGUCCUUCCCUCCUCCUCCUCCUCCUCCUCCUCCACAAACACAGACGCCAGGAUCCAGACUCCCGUCAUGUUUAGUCCCAUGUACGAGCAGCCUGGAGAAUUUGUAGCCUUCAGCUCCCAUUUUUUUCCAGCAUCAUCAUCUUCAUCACCAUCAUCACCAUCAUCAUCAUCACCAUCAUCAUCAUCUCACGAUAUCGACAUAAUGUGGCUCGCGCUACCGGAGGGAAAAUAACCAAAUAUGUGGAUACCGACAGAAGAGGAGAAAAUUGGAGUUGUGAUCUGCAACUUCCGGUCGUCGGCGUGCCAGGCCCUGGUGCUGGAGAUCGGGGAAACGGUCCAGAUUCUGGAGAAGAGUGAAGGAUGGUACCGAGGCUUUUCCUCCAAAAAGCCUUCUGUCAAGGGGAUUUUCCCAGUCAGCUACGUCCACUUGAAGAAAUCCACCGUGACCAACAGAGGGCUGUGUGAGACCGUGGUGCCCCUGGAGGACCCCAUCAUCACAGAGACCACCUCCACGCUGCAGGAAUGGGGGGUCCUGUGGAAGCAGCUCUAUGUGAAGCACAAGGUGGAUCUGUUCCACAAGCUGCGCCACGUGAUGAACGAGCUCAUCGACCUGCGGCGGCAGCUGAUCCAGGGUCACCUCGCCCAGGACCAGACCCGGGAGAUCAAGAGGCACAUCACCGUGAGGCUGGACUGGGGCAACGAGCACUUCGGCUUGGACCUGGUGCCCAGGAAAGAGUUUGAGAUGGUGGAUCCGGACCAGAUCAGCAUCUCAGAGCUGCACAAGCUGCACGUGUCCAGCAGACACUGUGGUCAGCAAAGCACAAACCAGUCAGGAGAGGCGGGGCAAUUACCACGGAGACCCACCACCACCGCGUCCGACCCGGAGGCCGCGGGGCCAGAAAGACGGCCGCACACCACGGAGGACACAGUAACACACAUAGGCCAGCGGGGCGACGGCACGAGGCAGCAGCGUCAUGGCGACGGCGGUUGCCGCGUGCCCGUGUCUCACCACCUGUUCAUCAACCUGAAGAGCUUCACCUACAACAGCAUCAGCGAGGACGCCGACGUCUUCUUCUCUCUGUAUGACGCGCGCGAGGCCAAACAGAUCAGUGAGAAGUUCAUGGUGAAGCUGAACAAGAACGGAGGACCGAAGAACCCAGAGAAGGUUGACCGCCUGUGUGCCCUCUUCACGGACCUGAGCAGCAAAGACCUGAAGAGAGACCUGUACAUCGUGGCUCACGUCAUCAGGACCGGCCGCAUGCUGCUGAACGACUCAAAGAAAGGACCGCCUCACGUUCAGUACCGGCGGCCGUACGGCUGCGCCGUGCUCGCCAUGAGCGACGUGUUCCACACCAUCACCGACCUGAAGGAGGAGAAGGACUUCGUGCUCAAGGUCUACACGUGUAACAACGAGAACGAGUGGCACCAGAUCCAGGAGAACAUCAUCCGCAAGUCCAACACCAAGUACUCAGCUCCCAGCACCAACUACGGCCUCAUCAUCUCCCUGCAGCUGCUUCGGGGUGAGCUGGAUCAGAUCAGACGGGAGAACCAGGCCGUGUUCAACAGGGCGCUGGCUCUCACGCGCAAGCUGGGCUUCCCCGACGUCAUCCUGCCAGGCGACACGCGGAAUGACCUCUACCUGACCCUGGAGCGCGGAGAGUUCGAGAGAGGCGGCAAGAGCGUCCAGAAGAACAUCGAAGUGACGCUCUACGUCCUCUACGCCGACGGGGACACGCUCAAGGACUGCAUCAGUCUGGGCAGUGGGGAGCCCAGUGGCAGUGAGUACCGCUCCUUCGUGCUCUACCAUAACAACGGCCCCCGGUGGAGUGAGAUGGUGAAGCUGCCGAUCCCCAUCGACCACUUCAGAGGCUCCCACCUCCGCUUCGAGUUCAGGCACUGCUCCACUAAGGACAAAGGGGAGAAGAAGUUGUUCGGCUUCGCCUUCACGCCUCUAAUGAGAGAAGACGGCACCACGCUGUCGGACGAGAGCCACGAGCUCUACGUGUACAAGUGUGAUGAGAACGCCACCUUCAGUAACCAGGGCCUGUACCUGAGCCUGCCCUGCUGCAAAGAGGACUUCAACAGCUGCCCCAGCCUGCCGGCCAACCUGCCCUUCACCAGGAGCCCCAAGGAAACCUUCUGGGUCUCCACCAUCCUCUGCUCCACCAAGCUCACGCAGAACGUGGACCUCCUGGCCCUCCUGAACUGGAAGGCCCACCCGGACCGGGUGUUGGACAUCCUCGGUCGGCUACGUCAGAUCAGCGGGGAGGAGAUCGUCAAGUUCCUGCGAGAUGUCCUGGACACGCUCUUCUGUCUUUUAGACGACAACACGGAUAAAUACGGGCCGCUAGUUUUCCAGUCACUGGUGUUCAUCAUUAACCUGCUCAGGGACAGCCGGUUCUACCACUUCAGGCCGGUCAUGGACACCUAUAUCCAAAACCACUUUGCUGGCGCUUUGGCAUACAAAGAACUGAUCCGGUGUCUGAAGUGGUACAUGGACCGCUCGGCCGAGGUCGUCCGACAGGACCACAUCCAGGAGGCCAUGAGGGCCCUGGAGUACCUGUUCAAGUUCAUCGUCCAGUCCCGCAUCCUGUACUCGAGGGCCACCUGCGGCAUGGAGGAGGAGCAGUUCAGGGCCAGCGUGCAGGAGCUCUUCCAGUCCAUCCGCUUCGUCCUGAGUCUGGACAGCCGCAGCUCGGAGAACCUGGUGUUCACGCAGGCCGCUCUGUUGAACAGCUUCCCUGACAUCUUCGACGAGCUGCUGCAGAUGUUCACGGUGCAGGAGGUGGCGGAGUACGUGCGCGGCACCCUGGGGAGCAUGCCGAGCACCGUGGACAUCGGCCAGUCCAUGGACGUCGUGAAGCUGCAGUCCAUCGCGCGCACGGUGGAGAGCCGCCUCUUCUUCUUCCCGGAGUCUCGCAGCAUCCUGCUGCCGGUGGUUCUCCAUCACAUCCACCUUCACCUCCGCCAGCAGAGGGAGCUGCUCAUCUGCUCCGGGAUCCUCAGCAGCAUCUUCUCCAUCAUCAAGACCAGCUCUAUGGAGUCGUCUGUUCAGGAGGAGGUGGAGAUGAUGGUGGAGAGCCUCCUGGACGUGCUGCUGCAGACGCUGCUGUCCAUCAUGAGCAAGUCUCACUCGGUGGAGACGGCCAGAGGACAGCGCUGCCCCCAGUGCACGGCCGAGAUCACGGGCGAGUACGUGUCCUGCCUCCUAUCUCUGCUGCGCCAGAUGACGGAGCUCCACUUCCACCACCUGCUCAACAACUUUCACAGCAAAGAGGAGCUGAAGGAGUUCCUGCUGAAGAUCUUCUGUGUGUUUCGUAAUCUGAUGAAAUUGACGAUCUUCCCUCGAGACUGGAGCGUCAUGAGGCUGCUGACGAGCCACAUCAUCGUCGUGACGACGCAGUUCCUGUCUCCGGCUCUGCACAAGAACUUCUCAGAGGCAGAUUUUGAUUUCAAGGUGUGGAACUCGUUCUUCAGCCUCACUGUGCUGUACAUCAACCAGCCCAGUCUGCAGCUGGAGGCGCUCGGCCCGGCCAAGAGGAAGAAGGUUCUGGACAAACACGGAGACAUGAGGGUGACGAUGGCGUACGAGCUCUUCAGCAUGUGGCAAAAACUAGGCGACAACAAGCCCCACUUCAUCCCGGGCAUGAUGGGCCCGUUCCUCGGCGUGACGCUGGUCCCUCAGGUGGAGGUGAGGAACAUCAUGAUCCCCAUCUUCCACGACAUGAUGGACUGGGAGCAGCGCAAGAACGGAAACUUCAAGCAGGUGGAAGCAGAGCUGAUGGAUAAGCUGGACAGCAUGGUGUCGGAUGGGAAAGGAGACGAUAACCACAGAGAGCUCUUCAGCCUCCUGACUCAGCUCUUUGGUCCUUACCCCAGCCUGCUAGAGAAGAUCGAGCAGGAGACCUGGAGGGAGACGGGCAUCUCGUUCGUGACGUCGGUCACGAGGCUCGUCGAGCGCCUGCUGGACUACAGGGACUGCAUGAAGGGAGACGAGAUGGAGAGCAAGAAGAUCGGAGGAGGUUCUGUGAACCUCAUGAACUUCUACAAAUCGGAGGUGAACAAGGAGGACAUGUACAUCCGCUACAUCCACAAGCUGUGUGACCUGCACCUCCAAGCAGAGGACUUCACAGAGGCGGCCUUCACCCUGCUGCUGUACUGGGAGCUGCUGCAGUGGGAGGACCGGCCCCUGAGGGACUUCCUCCACUACCCGUGUCAGAGCGAGUGGCAGCGCAAGGAGAACCUGAGUCGGAAGAUCCUCCACUACUUCAACAAGGGCAAGUGUUGGGAGUACGGCAUCUCUCUGUGCCGGGAGCUGGCCUUCCAGUACGAGACCCUGUACGACUACCAGAGCCUCAGCUGGAUCCGGAAAAUGGAGGCGGCGUAUUACGACAACAUCAUCGAGCAGCAGAGGAUCGAGCCGGAGUUCUUCCGGAUGGGAUUCUACGGCAGGAAGUUCCCCUUCUUCCUCAGGAACAAGGAGUUCGUCUGUCGCGGUUACGACUACGAACGACUCGAGGACUUCCAGCAAAGGAUGCUGGGAGAAUUCCCGCAGGCCAUCGCCAUGCAGCACCCCAACCUACCCGACGACACCAUCCUGCAGAGCGACGCCCAGUACCUGCAGAUCUACGCGGUGACCCCGGUGUCGGACAUCUCCGACGUGCCUCAGCUGGAGCGUGUUCCCGAGAGGAUCAAGAGCUUCUACCGCAUCAACAACGUCAGCCGCUUCCACUACGACCGGCCCUUCCACAAGGGCCCCAAGGACCGCGACACCGAGUUCAGGAGUCUGUGGAUCGAGAGGACGACCCUGAUCCUCUCCCGCCCUCUCCCCGGCAUCUCCCGCUGGGCGGAGGUGGAACGGAGAGAAGUGAUGGAAGUGAGCCCCCUGGAGAACGCCAUCUACGUGGUGGAGAACAAAACCCAGGAGCUGCGCACCCUGAUCAGCCAGUACCAGCACCGGCAGCACCACGGCAACAUCAACCCGCUCAGCAUGUGCCUGAACGGGGUCAUCGACGCCGCGGUGAACGGCGGCAUCGCCCGCUACCAGGAGGCCUUCUUCGAUAAGGACUACAUCAGCGGCCACCCGGAGGACACGGAGAGGAUCACGCACCUGAAGGAUCUGAUGCAGGAACAGGUGCACAUUCUCGGCGUGGGCCUGGCGGUUCACGAGAAGCUGGUGCACCCGGAGAUGCGUCCCCUGCACAAGAAGCUGGUGGACCAGUUCCACGUGAUGAGGACGGGUUUGCAUCACUAUGUGGUGGGCUCCCAGCAGGGCGUGGCCGGCGUGGAUCGGUUCGGCACCGCCGCUGGCUGCCACCAGGGGGCGAACUCCCCCAGAGGGGUCCUCUCCUCCCACAGCCACAUGAGCCCUGAGAGCGUCCGCCUCAUGCACCGACACAGCCCUCUGAACCUCCAGGGUUCCAUCCGCCACUCCUCCUCCUCUCUCUCCUCGCACACGUCGAGCGAGGCGGGAAACCUCGUCAUCACGACGGACGGCCUGAUGGGGGAACACGGCGAGGAGGCGCACAUGCAGCCGAGCCCCUCCUCCUCCAGCCUGAGCUCCAUCCGCUCCAACUCCUCCCAGAUUGUCACCUCCGCUCCCUCCAGCGCCCGAGGCUCUCCGUCUCUGCCCGAUAAGGCGAAACACAACCGGGAGGUGAUGAUCCUGCUGCCGUCCCACCGGGAGAGGGCCGGCGGCUCCAUGUACUACAGCGUGGCGGAGAACGGACAGAACAACCACAUGCAGCGUGCCUUACUUCAGCAAAUCAGCCCCUGUAAGCCGUGUGCCGACGCCCACGGGAACCUCCCGGAGAAAGUGUUCCCAAACGCUGCCAGUAGCUGGAGUCUGGAUGGAGAGAACAGAGAGCAAGUGUCCUAUAUGGUUGCUCCUCCUGGAGGGGGCAGCAUGCCCCCCGUCCCCCCCCGGUCCUUCCCACCAGGACACUUCCUGAUGCACUGUGACGCGUUUCACCACCAGAACAGCGACGCUCCCCCGACCCUGCCUGUGCGCUCGCUUCGAAAGUCUCCCCUCCACCCGAUCCCCGGCUCCCCCACCAGCCCCCAGUCGGCGCUGGGGGGCAGUAACUCCACCCUGUCGGGCAGCGCCAGCAGCGGCGUCUCGUCCCUGAGCGAGAGCAACUUCGGGGGCCAGUACCCGGACCCGGGCCCCAUCCGGAACGACGCCCUGGAGCCCCUCCCCAGCCACCUGUGGUCGCCGCCCGACGAGUACCUGGCGUCCCCGUACCUGCACAUCCACUACGGCGGCCCGGAGAUGGACCCCGCCGACCCGGUGCGUUCCUUCCACUACCGCAGCCCUCACGCCCACUCGCACCCGGGGCUGGACGGCCACUCCCACGGGCCUCCUCCUCUCCAGCACCAGCUCCACCACGGCGCCGCCGCCCACCACGUGCCGUACCGCCGGCCUCAGCCGCCGGCCGUGCCGCCCAAGCCCUACCUGAGGGAGGGCUGCAUCCCGGAGGAGGAGCUGCCGCCGCAGCCCAUGCCGCUGCCCCGCAGGAUCUUCCACUCCUCGCCCCACGGCCACCGGGAGGAGGCGGGGAAGCACCCGUGGGAGCAGUGCAUCAGCGAGGAGCACGAGGAGGCCCAGUGACGAGCGCCUCCUUCACCCUGCACGUGAAGGGAAGGAAACGAGGGAGCGUCGAGGAACCUCGAUGUCAUUCAAACACGUGUCGGGCGGAUUAACUGCGGUCAGAACUCGGUGUCGGUCGUACUCACUUUGUACAACUCGUCUGUGAGCAUGUUUCUGUUUCUUUCGUCUUCUUUUUUUGCAUUUUGAGAAUAAUAUUUUUGUGUUGAGAUAUGACAACCGACAGAUCCCCGGUGUCCCCGGUGCGGCGCGAGCUCUGAACUCUCCCUUCUCAUUGGUUCUGCUCAUUGUCACGACUCCGGUCGCUCACAGGGAUAAUUCAAACACAUUUAUAUAUAUAUAUAUAUACAUACAUAUAUAUAUAUAUAUAUAUAUAAAUAAUAUAUAUAUAUAGAUAUAUAUCUAUAUACAUAUAUAUAUAAAAAUUAUAUAUAUAUAGAUAUAUAUCUAUAUACAUAUAUAAAAUAUAUAUAGAUAUAUAGGUAUAUAUAUAUAUAUCUAUAUAUACAAAUCCUUAUUUUAAUAAAUAAAUGCGUCAUACAGGAUACAGUAUCGUGAUGUGCUCCUCCAUCGAGGCUCAAGGGACGUGAACUUCGGCCAAUUUCGGAAAAAGAAAAAAACCUUCGUGAAUGUAUUCAGAGAUGUUCUAAUUGACAGGCUGCAAUGCUGGAUUUUUUUUUUUUUUAAAGUAUUUUGUUCAGUCUGUGUUGGGGGGGGGGGCAAACAAGGUUUUUUGUGUGUGUGGACAAAUACAAAUCUGGAGAGGAACAGGCACUCAACCUCUCUCUCUCUCUCUCCAUCUGUUUCCUCCGCUGUGUGGUUAGUGAAGGGUUGAACAUGGACAGCUGCAGUGGACACUGUUUGUCUAGACCCCCCCCCCCCCAGGAGGAGCCCACACUCAGACAGUUGGAAUCGCCUACCUGCCUUAUAUAUUCAGUGCACUCAAAAUGCUGUCUGGACCCCUCUUCGUUCGACGCUCCACGAAUGGAAACAAACAAACAAACAAACAAACAAAAAAAGCAGAUAUCUACCCAGUGAUGUUUUCGUAUGGUUUCGUCCCGCUUUUGUUUCCAGGUUGUCGUUCGGUUUCCGUGGCGCUAAUAAUAUUUUCUUCUUCUGCUCUUCUUCUUCUUCAUCUUCUUUUCUCCAUCACCUGGAAACUGACCACAUGUUUCAGAAAGAGCACCGAAGCCCCCGAGACAC